AUGACGAGCAAGAAACGCAUCCUCGUCGGUUACGGCAUUGAUGUCGACGCUGUAUCCAAUUGGAUCAACACCCGCAAUGGUCAGAAAGCUGACGCGACGAAUGUCUCUCGUGGAGUCUUCGGUGCAACUGUCGGAGUCGACAGAUUGUUGAAGUUAUUUGAUAAGUACCAGAUUAAGGGUACCUGGUUCGCGCCUGCGCACUCCAUCGAGAGUUUUCCCAAGCAGCUGGCGAAGGUCAGGGAUGCCGGGCAUGAAAUAUACACACACGAAUGGUUCUCAGCCCUGUCGAGUAAGCAGCAGCGCGAUGUCAUGGCCAAAUCGAUUUCCGUCAUCACUUCUUUCACUGGAAAACCUCCCCGAGGUUUCACGGGACCACAUUGGACAUCCACUCCAGAGCUCGUCAACAUAUUGGAGGAAGCCGGAAUUGAGUACGACCACACCUUCAUGCACCACGACUGCCAAAUGUAUCUCGUCCCGGAUGGGUCUGCCACUUGGACCGAGACCGACCUUGAGAAACAGGCGGAGGAGUGGAUGAAACCCAUGACUGCGAUCAAUCCUAGCACUGUGGUAGAGAUUCCAGCUAACUGGCAUUUGGACGACUGGCCGCCGUUCCAAUUCGUACCGACUCAACCAAACACUCAAGGUUAUGUUGACCCCCACGUCAUUGAGCGGUUGUGGAAAGAACAGUUCGACUACUUCUACCGCGAAUAUGAUACCUUUGUCUUCCCGAUCACCAUUCAUCCUCAGGUCAGUGGGAAGCCUCAGGUGAUACUGAUGCACGAGAGGUGCUCUUGCAGGUUUAUCGAAUAUGUCAAUUCGCACGAGGGAGUAGAAUGGAUGACCAUGGGAGAGAUGGUCGACGAAUUCAAAUCAGGGAGAUUCGGCGGUGUCACGGUAGAGGGUGGCGCUGAACUCUGA